AUAUGUGCUGCGUAUGUAUCCUGUAUAGACAAAAUUAUUUAUUUUUUUCCCUUAAAAAGUUUUCCCUCUUAAAAAAUAAUCGAUCAAAUGGGCGAAGAGUGGUAUAAGAAACAAUUGUAUAAGCUAUGGUCUUACAACAUAAGUGAUUCGCUCGACAAUAUCAAACCAUUUACCGUUGAUGGUGUGCCAAUACGAAAACUCUUCAUUGGCAACUUAGCACAGCGAACAACCCAUAAAGAUUUGGAAAAAUUAUUUUCGGUGUAUGGAAAAUUGGAUAGCUGUUUUUUGAAAAGAAAUACUUGCAAAUACAAUUAUGCUUUUGUAACUUUUAAGAGUACUCACGAGGCUCUAGAGGCAAGAAAAGAUGGUCUUAAAAAAAAAAUUCAUCUUCACAAUAGAGAUUUGAGAGUUAUGCCAGCCGAUUCAUGGCACCAACCAGACAGUAUUGAAAAUCAAAAUAAAAAAGUACAAAAAGCUUCAGAAUCUAUGCAAAAAAUAUCUACCACCUAUAUACUAAAUGAUGAUGCAGAGAUUCAUAAAUUAAACAAUGAUUGUUUAAUGCAUGUAUUUAUGUUUCUUCCUAUCAUAGAUAAAAUAAAAAUGGAAAGAGUUUGUAGGCGAUGGCGAAUAAUUAGUCAAGAAUCGUGGCGCACCUUCAAAAAAUUAGAUUUGUCACAAUCAAGUUGGGGAUUUGAUAUAUUAAAUAAUGGUCCGAGAGAAGUUUAUACGGCUACGCUUCGUCAAGUUUUGCUUCGUUGUGGGCAAUUUCUUUCGCACAUUGAUUUGUCUAAAUUUACAGAAAAUUUGAGUCAAAGUACUCUCACUAUAGUUGCUAGAUUAUGUCCAAAUUUGCAACAUAUUAAUAUAACAGGACUUGCUGUCUCAUCUGCAGGAAUAAAAACAUUAACAGAUAAUUGUCACAAUAUUACAGAAUUCAGUUUAGGUUUAUGUUCAGCCUCAUGCGACAAUGAUUUGUCCGAUUUAUUCUUAAAAAACGAGAAGCUUCGGUAUCUUAAACUUACAGGAAAUUCAAUAAGUGGUAGAUGCUUGUUAAAUUUGCCAGUGGAAUCUAUUGAAAUAAUAAUUUUAGAUGAUUGUAAUAAUAUUUCACCGGAAUACUUCCACACUGCAAUUCAAAGGCUUCAGAAAUUACACACACUUUCCGUAAAAAAAUGUAUUACAUUUGCUGAUCAGACUGUGAAAGCAAUUAGCUUAUGCUCAAAAAGUUUGAAAGUAUUAUGUCUCUGUCAUUAUUAUCCAAUGAUUGUACGAAAUGCCAUGCUGUGCAUUGCAGAAUUAGUGAACCUUGAAACAUUAAAUCUUAAUCAUAAUAUUUCUGUUGGAGACGAAUUUCUAGUUGGUGUAGGAGCUCAAUGUAAACAGCUAAAAAAUGUGGAUAUAAGCUGCUGUAAAGCAGUGACAAAUAAAGGCUUGGCAGCCAUUAUUUCACUACCAAAUCUUCAACACCUUUCUAUAAACUAUUUGUUUUUAGUCACGGAUGAAGUUCUCACUGAAAUGGUGAAUCUUCGCACGAUGCAUUGUCAAAAUUGUUUUGGAUUCAAGAAUACAGGUUUAUGUAGACUCAUUGAAGAGUCGCAUCAACUCGAACUUCUUGACUUUUCUGGCUGCACAUGCAUUGAUAAUGAACUUGUUGAUAUUGCAAUCAAGGCUACUAGAAAUCGUACUAAUAAUACUAUACUCAAGAUGUAUGUGGGCAAUACGAGUAUCAAUGUUAGUGAGAUAACAAAAGUAUCACCAUUUUUACAAGUGCUUAAUGUAGAUCUGACAAAAUCUGAACAUCUUAAUUGGUGAUUGGUUUUUCAAUCCUAAUUUAUAAUCGGAUAACGACUAGUUUAAAAAAUAUCUAUGUAAAGGAAAUAUUUCUCAUUAUUU